AUGCCACAUAGCAGUUCAAGUACAACAAGCUCAAGUACGAAGCGAAAGGAGAUUUAUAAAUAUCAAGCACCAUGGCCCCUCUAUUCCAUGAACUGGUCUGUUCGACCUGACAAGAGAUUUAGGUUGGCUCUUGGGAGUUUUGUUGAAGAGUAUAACAACAAGGUACAAAUCAUCUCACUAGAUGAAGAGACAAGUGAAUUCAGUGCAAAAAGCACUUUUGAUCAUCCAUACCCUACCACAAAGAUUAUGUGGAUACCGGACAGCAAAGGAGUUUAUCCUGACCUUCUGGCUACCAGUGGUGACUACCUUAGAAUUUGGAGGGCAGGGGAGCCUUAUACACUGUUUGAGUGUGUAUUGAAUAACAACAAAAAUUCAGACUUUUGUGCACCCCUCACCUCAUUUGAUUGGAAUGAGGUGGACCCUAACCUCAUUGGGACGAGCAGCAUCGACACUACAUGUACCAUCUGGGGUUUGGAGACCGGACAAGUAUUAGGACGAGUUAAUGAAGUAUCAGGACAUGUAAAGACCCAGUUAAUUGCUCAUGAUAAGGAAGUAUAUGAUAUAGCCUUCAGCCGAGCUGGUGGUGGACGUGAUAUGUUUGCUUCUGUUGGCGCCGAUGGCUCUGUCCGAAUGUUUGAUCUGAGGCACCUGGAACACUCCACCAUUAUCUAUGAGGAUCCACAACAUACACCACUACUUCGGCUCGCCUGGAACAAACAGGACCCUAAUUAUUUGGCCACCAUUGCGAUGGACGCCUGCGAGGUGAUCAUACUGGACGUGCGCGUGCCCUGCACCCCCGUGGCGCGGCUUAAUAACCACCGCGCAUGCGUCAACGGUAUCGCUUGGGCACCACACAGUUCUUGUCACAUUUGCACAGCAGGUGACGAUCACCAAGCCUUAAUUUGGGACAUACAGCAGAUGCCGCGCGCUAUCGAAGACCCCAUCUUGGCAUACACAGCUGCUGAAGGCGAAGUGAACCAAAUUCAAUGGGGCGCUACGCAGCCGGAUUGGAUUGCAAUCUGUUACAAUCGGCACACUGAGAUACUCCGAGUCUAA